AAAAAGGCAAAGAUAAAAAUCAAACCUAAAGCUCAUUUUCUCUCAAAAGAACAAAGCAAGAAUCUCAGCCCCAUCUCUCUCACCUCUCAACUUUCUUCUUCUUCUUCUUCUUCCUCUUCUUUCUUCCUAUGUCAAAUGAAAAGAAAAACCCUUACCAGUAUGACCCUUUCGACUACAACCCCCAUGAAAUCAACAGGUCAAGCUUUCCAUUCUUCAAUUAUGGCACUCCCUCCAUACAAGAUCCACAAAACCUACAUGGGUUCGAAUCCGAUCACCCCAAUUCUUCGUUCAUGAGCUUCACUGACUGCCUCCAUGGCUCAAUGGACUACAACACCCUCUCAAGAGCCUUUGACAUGUCAUGUUCUUCAUCUGAAGUCAUUUCUCCCCAGUUGGAUCAUGAGAAUUCCAAGAACCAGCAGGCUGCUGCAGCUGCAGGUGUAGGAGAUCACUCGGUGGGGACUAGCACCACCGAAAACCCAUCUACACCAAACUCCUCAGUUUCUUCAUCAUCUAAUGAAGGUGCUGGUUCUCAUGAACAUGAAGAUUCAGAGAAGAAGAAGAAAGAAAAGCAGCCAAAAGUGGCAGUGUGUGAUGAAGCGGCAGGAGAUGAGGAAGACAAGUCAAAGAAAGGGAGCAAAGCGAAAAAGAAAGAGAAACGGCAGAGGGAACCACGGUUUGCCUUCCUGACUAAGAGCGAAGUGGAUCACCUUGAAGACGGAUACAGAUGGAGAAAGUACGGACAGAAGGCAGUCAAGAACAGCCCUUAUCCUAGAAGUUAUUAUAGAUGCACUACUCAAAAGUGCGUAGUAAAGAAGCGCGUCGAGAGAUCAUUUCAAGAUCCAUCUAUUGUGAUCACAACAUAUGAGGGUCAGCACAACCAUCAGUGUCCGGCAACACUCCGGGGAAAUCUCAAUCUCAAUGCCGUUGGAAUGCUGUCCCCUAAUUCCCUUUUGACAUCUGCGUCUCUCAAUGGAUCAGCGAGAUUUCAACAUGAAUUCUUAACUCAGUUUCUCCCAAUGAACAACCAAUUGCAAUUGCAAUUGCAAAGCCAUCAUCAUCAGGAUGAUCACCAAGCAAGUAAUUCCAUGAUAUAUUCAAACCUCGUGGCCCCUCGCCCUCAUCAUCAUCAGCAGCAGCAUCAGCGGCAGCAUCAGCGGCAGCAGCUACAUGUUCCUGACUAUGGGUUAUUGCAAGAUUUAGUUCCUUCAUUUGGUCACAAGCAAGAGCCAUGAAUUUCAUGAUCACUACUUUAUGAUAUUUUCAGUUUCUCACUCAUGAGUACAUCUUUUCCUAUCUCAUUAUUGCAAUACUGUCUAAUAUGUACGCUUUCUCUCUGGUCAUCUCUCUUCUUUUAGCACUUAGAUUUCCUUUGAUAUGUGGACUAGGAGACAGUAUGGCUCUCAAGAAUAGCAUUCAAUGCCUACGUACUAGUGUACUUCUGACUAUUGCAUGGAGUGCACAUCUAUACAUAUAUUUAAAUAUAAGUUGUUCUUGUUCUUAAAAAGCAGACUUUUAAUACAUAUUAAGCCU